UGCUAUGUACGUUGUACAGUCCGCAAACCAAUAUUGGGGAAGCAGAAAGCGAAGCGGACAUAGACAUGACCUAAAGAUUGAACUUUAUUUUUGGAAACAACCCUAAUAAACCAAUACCAUACACGGACCGUAAUGUAGACGGUUCAACAACACCACAUACUGUUUGAAUUGUAUCCCGAAUGGGUGGUUAAGCACGUCUUAUGGUUAUCGUUCAUGCGGGUAGAUAGUUGUUCAUAAACUACGAAAAUCAUGGGAUAUGGGAGAACUGGCCAUGUUAAGCCAUUGCCGUUCUGUCUCCUCUGAGGGUACAUCCAUAAAUACAUGACUUGGCACUAGGCCACGACCUGUCCACCUCGCUGUCCACCUUAUCCUGAAGUGCUUCGUUUGAACGUCCUAUAUAUGGAAGAACAGAGGAGAUCUUGAUGAACGAUCCCACAUCCAAAUUACGCAUGUCCAUCCCUACAUCCAACAUUAUAACUUAAAUCGGACAACGAAUCGCAUUCAAUUAUAAUUUGUAUCGUAAGGCUACUAACAUUACCUACUGGUACAACGCUACAUUGUAAUAAAGAAGUCCCUCCAAUACGCUCCUGCAACAACACCAACGGCAUCAAACCUGUUUGCUGUUUCACGCUGUCUAAUCUCACCGCAUGGUGUGAAUAGAGGCCGAUGAGCGUCGAUGUGGGCGAUGACGGAGGGAGGCGAAUGGGAUUUGUCGGUCGGUGCUCUGAAAAUUACAUCUUAUUUGCCACAAAAUUUUACAUUCUGGAAUAUCGUUUUGUAAAUAGUUAGGUUAGUUUUAUAGGCAUAACUAUUUCCAACUUUUGGAAAUACUAAUUCAAUUCAAUCAGUUACUACUGCUGGGUGUUCCGCCCUUAUAUGAAAAUCGUCAUAAAUUAGUACUUGUUUUCUAAAAGUUUAAAAAUACUUACCGGAACAAACAUUUUUCAUGAAAAUACCGCUCGUAUUCAUUCGUGAAAGUUCGGUUCUCAUCCGAGUAGGCUAUUCUCUCGCAGAAAACCGCUCUCAAAAGUAAAAAAAAAAUGAGGUCAAAAUAAAAUCCAUGGCAGGAACGUUAGUAUUAGUGCAAGGCUGCUAGCAGUCGGACGUAUUGUGAUGUUCGCCAGCGGAGUUUAACAACUGUUAAUUCAUCUAUUGCUUGCUUUGCUCCGAAAUGAAUUGAACGUCUUGUCACGGAACAAACUCGGUGUAAUCUAAGUGCAACAAGAUGAUGGAAGUCGACCAACCUAUUACGGAUAACGGAUUGUCGAAAAUGAGCCCAAACAAUGUGGAUAGUGUGAAAAGUGCGGAAAUCGAUGGCACUGAAUCGGCCCAGCCCAAUGGAACAGUUCACACAGAUGAAUUGGUGGUGGCCAAGGCCAAAAGCGUCGUUUCGGCGGCGUCAGCAGAAGAUGACAGCAGUAACGAAGCCAAAGGCCUCGAGGAUGAGGACACCAUGGAGCGACUGAUGUACACUGAACUGGAUGAUGGUGAUGAUGAAGUUAUACAACCCGAGUCUUCGGAGAAACCGGCAGAUGAGUUGGUGCAGAAUUUGUCCGACACUUUGAUCGAGGACAUCAUCCAGCUGAACAAAGACUCGAAACGUACGGAAUCCGAGACAGAAGCCGAUCCUGACCGGUUAGAACAGAACGAGGAAAGCUCCGACAUUCCACCGUCCUCGUCUGGUCAAUCGUCGAACCACACCGCGGCAAAGGAAGCCGAUGGAGAAGAUACGAACGGUGCCACGAGCGCAAUGGAAGACGAAACAUCCAUUGGAGUGGACGAAGAAGACUUCACGGCUGACGACGGCAGCGACACCAAAGGAGAGGCCGAUAUCGACGAAGAGAGCGAAAGUAUUCUUCUGCAGGAGGAGGACAACCAAGAUCUAGAAGACGAGCUGGAAGUAGACGAACGUCUACUGCUUGAUGAAGACGUAGACAUGGAAGACGGUGGAUCUAUGCAGGGCACGGCAAUUCAAAUCGACGACAGCGCUGCAGCAUGUAUGAUCGAAGCCUCCACCGUGGAAAUAACCGACGGAAGUGUGACGAUCGAUGAAAGCGGCCUUAGCAUAUUGAACACUGCCGCUGUCGAUAUUGAGGACAUGACGGUUGAUGAAUCUACUGAAGUCAGUACUGAGCCCAAGUCAUCCAUCUUGGUUAGCUCAGAUGUGGGAGAAUCAGCGGCAUCAGAAGAACCAGUCGAACCCCCUGCCGUGGAUACAGCCGAAGUUGGUGAAAGUGAGGUCAUGGCGCCGCCUCCAGUUAAUCUACAGGAUGACACAGAUCCACCAUCCCCCGACAUAAGUGAUUUAAUCAAGUUCCGCGAAGUUUCAAAGCCGGAAUCAACAAUCGAGAAUGCAGAGGAAACUGAUGCCAUUCCUGAAGUGUCUGACUUGAUCAAAUUCCCGGAUGACAGUCGUGUGGAAGUGCAGGAACCUGCCAGAACCCCAACCCCGGAAUUGUCAGAUUUGAUCAAGUUCGACAGUGUUCCAGCGGUUGUCGAGGAGGAACAGCAAGAAUCCGCUGACAAAGUGGAGAAGGAAACGGACGAUUCUCCUCUCGAGGAGAAAACACUGGUUGAAGAACCCUCAGCGGAGACGAGUGAACAAGCGGAGGUUGAGAUUCCAGCAGUGAAGGAUGUUGAGAAGGAUAAUCGUGACGAUUCACCGACAGAAGAGAAAGAAGGAAUCGAGAAGGAGGAAGAGAAGGUGGUUGCCGUGGAGAAAAAGGUCGAGGAGACUGAGGUGGAUUCCAGCGAGAAAAGUGAAACAGUAAUUCCAGAGCCUUUGGAAAAUAAAAAGACAGAGCGGGAAGAAGAAUCAUCGAAAGAUGAAGAGAAAAAAGAAACCAGCGAGGUUACCACAGAGAAACUGGAAGAUGGUGAAAAGAAAGAAGAAGAAAAAGAGGAGGAAGGCACGGAAGCGGAAAACAAUGAAGAUGACGUUAAACAGAAGAAGGAUGUUUGCCCGCAGGCGUUGCAAGCUGCCGAUGAAGAGGAUCUUCUGGAAAUGAUGGAAGAACCGGAUCGGAUGGAUGCGGACGAUGACCAUCCGGAAGAAGAUCUGGAUGAUAACAGCAGCGAAUCGGGCAGCACCAAGCAAAACGAUGAGGACGGCGAAGAGGAUGACGAUUACGAGGGGUCUGAUUACAUGGGAGCGGAUGAAGACGAGAGCAGCCGCAAUGUGGAAGAUCAGGAUGAAGCGGGAGGAGAUGAUAUUCAAGGGGAAGAACAGGAAGGUGACGAGGGCGAACCGCCGCUGAAGCGAAAGUGCUCGGUCGACGUUCGGGAAGUUCACGAGGAAUCAGAGGUAGAUAAGAAGGAAGAUGCAGAUAAGGAUGACAAAAAGGAAAAAGAGGCUGUUGAUGAAACCACCGAAAAAGCUGUCGCAGAAAAAGUCACUGAAAAAGAUUCGCCUAAACCGGCGAAAGAUAAGGAAACGACAGCAGAAAGUGACAGCAAAGUUGAAAGUGAAGAGAAGAAAUCAACUGAGGCGGAAGAAAAGAAAGCCGAGGAUGAGGUCUCAUCGCAGACUGAAGUAGCAGAAAAGGACACCAGCAAACCAGACAGCGAUGAAUCGAAAAAGGAAGAUGUGGUUUGUUCAGAAAAGGAAGACGAAAAGAUGGACGUUUCUCAAGAGCAACCCGUUGUGGUGGAGAAAACAACUGAGGAACUCACUGCAAAGGCUGAAGAUUCCAGUGAAACUGAAAAGAAGCUUGACACCGAAGGAAAGACGUUGGAAAAGGAGGAAGUGCAAGUUUCUGAAAAAUCUGAAGCAACUUCUGAAGAAAAAGAUGUUGCCAAAACAACCGAAGCAGUUGUCAAGGAGUCAACACCAGAAGAAAAGACAGAAGUAAGUGUGGCAGAGGCUAAGGAUCCUGUUAAAGAAGUUGAAAAGGAAGUGGAGGAGAAGGAGCCGAAAUCUGCAGAGGAGAAAACGAAUGAUGAAGUGCUGGUGAUCGACGACGAUGACGAUGACGUUUCUGAAGCCAAUAAGGAAGACAAGACGGAGAAAAAAGCAGAGAAGCGGCCAUGCCCGGAAGAUGACACCGAGGAGAAAGUCGAAGUGGACCCAGCGAAGAAAAUUAGACUUUCGGUUGAAGAGAAAGAAAAGAAAGAAGAAACUAAGGCUGAUGAAGAACAGAAGGAAGAACCUAAAGCGGAAGUGGAAGAUGCUAAAAAAGAAGAGAAGAAAUCUAAACUAGAUACUAUAGAACCUCUCAAGGUUACUCUAGAUCCGGAGCCAGUGCCACCUAAGGAGAAAAAAUCUAUUCGGAUGGAAUUUUUGGAGAAGUUCAAGAAGCCUUUGGAAAAAAUGAAUCGCUCAAACUUGGAAGACUUUGUGCUGCAAAAGAUAGUCGAAGGAAUAGCUUUCAAAUCGGCGAUAGCUGAGAUGCGGACCCAGUUGGAUGCUCAGGAUACGCUUCUGCAAGGAUAUCGUCAGAAGGUGCACGAUUUGAACAAGCAGUUCCGAGAUCUGGAGAUGGUUCAUGAGCGUGUGGUCAAGGAUUUAGAGAAGAAGAAUCAGCAUUUCAUAACUCCGGUGAAGAUCACUCGUGCUGUAGGACUGCAGGUUUCACAACCCCGAUUCAUGGCCGGAAAUCGUCCUGCAGGCAGUACAGGGUCCUCUGUUGUAAAUAGUCCAAAGAACACUGUGAAUCGAUCUCCGGUAGCGACCCCGCCAGGAGGCUCUCCAAACAAGAAUGCUCAACAGAAUACCCAGCAAAUCAGGCGACCGCGUGUAAAUUCAGUUCCUUCGACAGCGACGACUCAGAAAUCGCCAGCCCAACAAUCGGCCAUUACGCGGCCAGGAGCUCCUACCAUCCUCAACAAAUCGAUUGCUUCACCGCAGAAUUCGCUACUCAACAAAUCUGGCAACCUGCAAGGUCAAGUAACUCCCCUCUCGCAAAGCCCGCAGGUACAGUCUACCAUGGCUAUGACUCAAACUCCACCGAAUGCUGGCACUACACCACCUUUGACGAGGAAGAAACCGCUGCAGAAAUUCACUCCCAUGAGGCCACCGCUGUCCAUCACACAACAGGUCCAGCAGCAGCAACAGACUCGACAGAUGCAAGAACAGCUGAUGCGGCAACAGAUUCAGGAAGUUCAAACCAGCAACAGUGGAGGACAGAGUCCGUUGGCGCAGUCACCGCAAGGAUCGCCAUUAACACGGACGCCCGAACCCGCUUCGUCGCCAGUUGGACUACCCGUCGUCAACCGUCCGCCCCAGAUGGUGAUGAAGAAAGUCAUUACACCUCAAGCGAAACCCACCCCCACUGGCAUGCAAGCCCUAGGUCGACCAACGCCCUCGAUGGUCCCAUCUAAUUCGGCCAGUAAUGUCAUGAGGCCUGCCGCGACAACCGCCCCUGCCGCCGUAGACAAUUCCCUAAUAGAUCUCACCGACGAAGACGAUGUGCCAAAACCGGCGCCUACUGUCGUGGCCGCUCCAGUGGUUCCCAAACCGCCCAUCACCAUCUUGAACGGUCAGCAACAUCACCAACAGCAACAGCAGCAGCAAGCGCAGUAUGGUCAACGGCAAGCGGGCAUGCCUCCGCUGGUUGUUAUCAAUCAACAGCGGAUGAUGACGCGACCAACGCUACAGCAGCGACCCGCUGGCAUGAUGAAUGGGGCACCACAACGUCCGGUACUGAUGCAGCGACCGGCUAACGCAACCAAUGGAUUCCCACGGCAAUCCACUUACCGAGCGCGAAUGAUCAACGGCCAAAUUGGAGCCCCCCGAGGUAUGAUCGUCCGAGCUCCCAUCCGGCAGCCCCCGGCCGUUACCUUCACCCAUCCUGCCCCACUACCGCAGCCGGGUACCCAACUCCUCAAUCCAUCCUGGAAGCAAACUCCACCUCGCCCAUCCAUCCGUAUCAACAACAUCGAAACGGGCAUCGUAAUUUCCUGGACCAUGGACGACCUGUCGGAUGCCCAUGCGACCAUCAUCAGCUACCAGAUCUACGCCUACCAGGAGACGAACGCCCCGCCCUCGAUGGAUAUGUGGAGGCACGUGGGUGACGUCAAGGCUAUGCUUUUGCCGAUGGCGGUCACGUUGACCCAGUUCCAGGAGGGCCAGCGGUAUCACUUUGCCGUGCGGGCCGUCGACGAACACCAACGGGUGGGACAGUUCAGUCCGCCGCGAACAUGGAACGAGUCCACCCCGGCGAAAGCUUAAGCUACUUAGUCUGUCUACGAAGCACAAGUUUCCCUUUUUUAGUUUGAAACAUAGUGAUAGUUUUAUAAUAUUUAAACGAAAUUUUAGAGAAAUAAGCCUCAAAAACAAAUUCGUUUAGUUGUAAUAGAAACAUAAAUUAGCCAACCGUUUAUCAAUCUCGGUGUAGAUUUUAUUCCCAUGAAAAAUCGAAAAACGGAAAUAUUGAAACAAAUUAAUACAAUUGAAUACUAACAGCUAAUCACGAACCUUUUAAAUUAGAUUUUUGUUCCCAGAGCGUGACAAAUUUGUGUUAAUUUAUUUUUGUUUAUCUUUUAUCGUAUCGAUUCCUUCCGGUUUCGGAAUUGGUGUUUGUAGUUGUGUCAUUGAGUUUUGUUGUCCAUACACCGGUGUUGAAAGUUUUAGACUGUAAUCGCUUUCAAUAGCUAGAAUUAGGCUUUGUGCACUAAGCAUUUAAUGUCUCAUCUUACCGGAGGAUACCGUGUGUAAACUUCAUUCAGUCGACACGUAUUAUACCUAAUAUUAUUCGUAACGCUAACGAAUGAUAAGUAUAUACCUAAUAAAUGAAAAUUAGUAAUGUUUACAUGUAAGGUAUGCUUUCAAGAAAAUAUGUGGAGUUUGCAAAUAAAUUCUGCAUUUAAAUGCUAAUUAAA